UUCGUGCGAAAAAUUGGAGUCCGACUCCCAGACACGGAGGACCUUAUUCCACGGAAUCGCAUGUAAUAUCUAUGGUAGAUUUGAACUGUCGUAGGAACGUGAUUCUGAAACUUUUCUUUCUACGAAGACCCUGAAUUUUGUUUACUUGGAAUCUCAUUUCCAUCUCUCUCUCUCCAAAAGUGUAUAAAUAUUACCAUACGUGGAAACGUUUUUCUCUUCCUCCUCCUCACUUUCUUCCUCUCUACCUCCUCUUUUCUGGACCUUUUCCUGAAUACCCAUUUUCUUAAUUAGUUCAUUUCCCUCUCCUUCUUCGCAUUUCCAGUCAUGGAGGAGGCUAACGUGGUGGAAGCUAAAGAUGGAACAAUUUCUGUAGCUUCUGCACUUGCUGGCUAUCAAGAAGUUGUGCAGGAUAGAGACCACAAAUUCUUAACCCAAGCAGUUGAAGAAGCAUAUAAAGGGGUUGAAUGUGGAGAUGGAGGCCCAUUUGGUGCAGUUGUUGUUCAUAAUGAUGAGGUAGUUGCAAGCUGUCACAACAUGGUUUUGCGAAACACUGACCCAACUGCACAUGCAGAGGUUACAGCAAUAAGAGAGGCCUGUAAAAAGUUGAAUCAAAUUGAGCUCUCAGAGUGUGAGAUAUAUGCGUCUUGUGAGCCUUGUCCAAUGUGCUUUGGUGCUAUCCAUCUUUCAAGAAUCAAGAGGUUGGUUUAUGGAGCCAAAGCUGAAGCAGCUAUAUCGAUCGGGUUUGAUGAUUUCAUUGCGGAUGCAUUAAGAGGCACAGGGUUUUACGAGAAGGCUCACCUGGAGAUCAAGAAAGCCGAUGGUACUGGAGCUGUUAUAGCAGAACAAGUAUUUGAGAAGACAAAAGCAAAGUUUACCAUGUAUUGAUCUUCAUAGUUUCCUCUACAGUGGGAAAAAAGCUUAUAAAUAACUCAUGGCAUAGACUUCUCUCUCUCUCUCUCUCUCUCUCUCUCUCUCUCUCCUCGUUAUAAAACGAAAAAGAAAAUUUCUUGUCUCAUAAUAAGUUACUCCAAUAAUUAAUCCUAGUUUUCUUGCUUGACAACCACAAAUGAUACAUUUUUUAACUGCCUAGGGUUCUGAAUAUGCUUGAUAUUCUCUCAGCUCUUUUUACAUGAACUCUGGGACACUUUUGACAUGUACAUGAGAAAUGGGAAAAGUUUGAUAAUGAAGGUGCUUGUGGGACCAUGAGAACUGCAAAUCAAAGAUAAUGUUCCUUUUGGUUGCUGAUGACUUGAGUAGGAAUUGAAAAGGGGGAACUUUUGAGUGGGGAUGGAUAUGGC